AUGCCAUCAUUCACUCGCUUGCUGCUGCUCUCGGCUGUGACCUGGUGUGCGGCCACGGCAUUCUCGCCUUGUCCUCUGAUCGGACAGUAUCUACCCCCUCCGACAAUCACUCAAGACGAUGCAACAAGCCUAUCUCAAGGGUACCGUGCCAGCUUUGACAGCCUGGUUCAACACGGGGGCAGCGACAAAUAUGGUGAAAUCUCUGCGAACACGACAUCCUUUGCCGUCGUCUUCUUCGCAGGCGCGACGGGCAAGACCAUCUUUGAAUACUACCACACGGCAGACAACACGUCCAGCAGCGUCGAUUCAAACACGAGGUUCCCUGUCGGAGACGUCACCAUGGUGUUUACCGUGUACUCGUGGCUGGCGAUGAUGGGCGAGCAUUGGGACGCCCCCAUCACCAAAUUCCUGCCAGAGCUGGCGGACGCGGGGCCUGUGCCGUGGGAGGACGUUACGAUUGGGUCUCUCGCAGGCCACAUGUCUGGUCUCCCGCGGCAUGUCUGCACAGCGCCGCAUGGUUGUUCCGAUGGUCGCCUGCGAGGCAUCGCCGACCAGCAGCCCGUGUUUCUGCCCGACACCACGCCGAUGGUCUCGUAUGCCGCCUUUGAGGUGCUUGCUGCGGCGAUGGAGCGCAGCAAGUCGAGGGACUUUGCCAGCCUACUGCAGUCGUCGAUACUUGGCCCGCUCAACAUGAGCCGGAGCGGCCUGCGACUAGCAGACGUCUUUGCCGCGCGAAACAACGACCUGCCGGCGGUCAAGGAGCCAGCUGCCCUGUCAAUGGUGUCGACGGUGGGCGACCUGGCGCGCGCGGGCAAGGCGAUCCUGUCGUCCAAGCUCAUCCCCGCGGCGGUGACCAGACGGUGGCUGCACUCCAACGCGGACACGUCGAACCUGCGAAACGGAGUCGGCCGCCCCUGGGAGGUGUACCGCGCCGGGUCGAACGCGACGUCGCCGAUCCUCGACGUCUUUACAAAGAGCGGCGCGGUCGGGCCCUAUGCGAGCUACUUUGGCCUGGCCCCUGACUUCGACGCUGGGUUUGCCAUUCUCGCACACGACGCGACCGUCAAGGAUGGCGGGCUCGACCUCAAUGUGUACGCCGACGUCGCGAGCGAGGCGCUUGAGUCUCUCCUGGGGCUGGCCGCCCGGCAGAGUGCCAUGCGCUUCGGCGGCACGUACGGCGGAGACAAGGAUAGGCUUGUGCUGAGCCAGGGCAGCCCCGGUCUCGAGGUCAAGGAUUUCAAGCUCGACGGCGUCGACAUGAUGGCCGUGGCAGCGCGGCAGCUUGGCAUCAUGCCCAAGGACCUAGACUACCGGCUGUAUCCCACAAACGUCAAGGACGCGCGCCAUCACCAGUUUGUUGCCGUCUUCCAGGACAGGGCAGCCCCAGUGGACAUGGGGACGCCGACCUGCAUUACAUGGCAGAGCGUCGACGCGCAGGCCCAAGCCCGGACGCGCUUUGUUUUCGAGCUGAACGACCAGAGGGCGACUGGAGUUGUGCUGGGUCGGACGCGGUUGGCGAGGAGGCAGUAG